GCGCUAUUUUUUAGCGACGAAGGCUGACGACGUAUUCACGUCGCGAAUUUUGUUGUUGGAUCCCUUUUUUAUCUAUACAAAAUCGUCAUUUCCGAAUUUACCAACUACCCCCCACAACGAGCAAAAGAAGUAACCAAGACAAUACUCAAGAACUCAUCAUGAACCAAGCCUCGGAUGAUAUGGCACGCGAAUGUAUCGCAACGCAGCACGAGACUAAAGGACAACCGAUAGAAAUGAAUUUUGAAGCGCAUGACCCCAGUCCGACCUCGACCCCGAGUGACCAUGACAACGACCCGAACAAGCAGACUGCCAAUGCCAACAUGAACCCAAACAGGGAGACCUCGAACCAAGACGAACACCAGCAGCAGUUUGACGACACUAAUACCGACGAUAACCAAGUGAAUCACGGAGCCUAUUCGUCCUACUCAUUCACUAAAUCAUCCAUUCUGGAUGACGAAGGACACCGGGUAGCGAGCAUGCAGGGCCGCUACGAAGACUCGGCGGGUCGUCUGAAAGCUGUGAAUGAACGCCAGAUCGAUAGCAAAAAGUUGCGCACUACGUGGAACAGCUUGGACCCCGAGGAUACGAUUCAGCCCGAGACAACGUGCACUAGCGGGACACCGGAAGAAUUCGAGGCGCAGUGGCAAAAGACGCCUUUCGGAGAGGCACAGAAGAUCAUUCAGGAUCAACAGCACCAGCAGCAGUUGGAACACAGUGGAUAGACACCGAAGCAUCAAUAGCAGGUGACCACAUCCAAUUUGAAGUCCAAGAGGGAAGCGACGGUGAUUGGUAGCAUGUAUUUCUGUUGGCAGAGCGAUCGGUGGAUCGCCAAUGCAAUGCAAAGGUGUUACAGAGAGCAUCUUAAACAGCGAAGAACAAUAUAACGAUCUUUCAGAAAAGCAAUA